AUAAAAUGAAAAAUCCUAGAACAUAAGCGCGUAUAUUUGUUUAUUUAACUUCUAGUGACACUAAUCAAAUGCGGAAGAAGAAACACACCCAGCGCGGGAUACGUCAGUUGCAAUUACGAUGCUUUAGGAAUGAAUUGCACUGGAACCUGCAGAACCGGUUACUAUUUUCCUGGAAGGAGAACUGAAUUAAUUCUUCGAUGUAGAACCGAAAAUGGUUACUGGUAUCCUCGAGACGAAUUUCCUUCUUGUAUUUCAUACGAAAAAGAAAAUGUUGAAGAUUCGUCUUCUCAAGUGCAAGUCGAACAAAAUCGACUUAUUCAAGAAACUAUAAGCAGGUGCGGAAGGAGAAAUGCUCCCGAAAAUGGAUACGUCGAUUGCUCUUACGACGCAUCGACAAUGAACUGCACCGGUACAUGCAAGAGAAAUCACUAUUUUCCAACGGGAAUAAGAGAGUUAGUUCUUCAAUGUCGAAGAGAAUACGGAACUUGGCAUCCCUAUUCUGAAUUUCCUACAUGCAGAAAAUUUAUUUUUGAUAAAUUGGAAGAAACACCGAACCAAAUAGAGGAAGACUUACAAGCUACUUUGGAUAAAUGCGGAUUGAAGAAAGCUCCCUACGCUGGAUACGUCAAUUGCAAAUACGAUGCCGUAGUUAUGAAUUGUACAGCAACGUGCAGAACAGGUUAUUAUUUUCCAAACGAAAGAAGUGAAAUGAUUUUACAAUGCAGAACGAACAGCGGGAUCUGGUAUCCUCGAUCGGAAUUCCCAAGAUGUUCAGAACAAGAUAGCGGAAGCGAAGUGGAUUCAACAUUGCAACAACCAAAUCAAGAAGAGGAGAGUAACCAACUAUUUGAAACUUUAAGAAGAUGUAGCAGACGUACGAAUCCGACAUCCGGAUACGUCCAUUGCACGCACGAUGCACGAGGAAUGAAUUGCACGGGGAGGUGCAGAAGAGGAUAUUACUUUCCCGAUGGAGAAAGAGAAAUGGUUCUUCGAUGUCGAACCGACGACGGAUUGUGGUACCCUCGAAGAGAAUUUCCUAUUUGUUCUCAGUCUGUGGCGAGUUUACACGAAGAUCAAGAAAAGGAUGAUUUAGUUUGCGACAAUCUUAGAUCCCCAUCGCGCGGAUAUAUUUCUUGUUCCGACGAUUCCACUUCGAAAAAUAAGAUUUGUGUGGCCAGAUGCAAAUUAGGAUAUCGCUUUCCUAACGACGAAUUCGAAAUGACAUUAAGCUGUUCCAAGGAAGACGGAAAAUGGCGCCCUUUGCAAAAGUUUCCCGAUUGCAUAUCCGAAGUUAAAGAAGAUCAAACCGAUGACAAACUCACUCAAGAAAAUCUGGAACUGGAAGCCAUCGAAAAUAGAUGUCGGAAACCCAAUCCUCCGCUCACCGGAUAUCUCUCUUGUUUAAAUCGUUCUCACGCUUUAGAAUGCACUGGAACCUGCAUGCCCGAUUACGCUUUUUCUAACGGAAUAACCUCGAUGACGCUAACUUGCUCCUUUACUUCCGGAAAAUGGUCUCCUCGUAGCGUCUUUCCUCCGUGCUACGAGAUAGGUACAAACCUUUCAAUCNAAUAUAUUCUUGCAAGAAAAGCGUCUUCUACUUUCACAUUACAUGUAACUGUUGGAUUUGGCUUCUCUUCUAAACUUCUGAAAGAAUUUACUUCAGUUUUGUAUUCUUCAAAAGUCUUCAUGUUAUCACUGAGUGCUGCAAUUAAUACUGCAUUUUCUAAACAGCUUCUGGAUUCUGCUGGUUCUCUUGCAGUUGCAGAUGUCUGUUGUGAUAAGUACUAA